AACCGAAGCCCAAUAGAACAUGAAAAUGUCCUGUGACGGACGGGGCGAGCAGCCAAUCGAAUCGGUCCGGGUCGGUUCGGUGCUGCUGGGCCAGGUUCGGGCGCGGAGUGGAGCGGAGCAUCGCUAGGGUCCCGAUCCGACACCGCCACCAUGCCGGCCGUUUCCAAGGGAGAUGGGAUGCGGGGCCUGGCCGUCUUCAUCUCCGACAUUCGGAACUGUAAGAGCAAAGAGGCGGAAAUCAAACGAAUUAACAAGGAGUUGGCCAAUAUCCGGUCCAAAUUCAAGGGAGAUAAAGCCUUGGAUGGCUACAGCAAGAAGAAAUAUGUUUGCAAGCUGCUCUUCAUCUUCCUGCUGGGCCAUGACAUCGACUUUGGGCACAUGGAGGCAGUCAACCUGCUCAGCUCCAACAAGUACACAGAGAAGCAGAUUGGUUACCUGUUUAUUUCGGUGCUGGUGAACUCCAACAGCGAACUGAUCCGCCUCAUCAACAAUGCCAUCAAGAAUGACUUGGCGAGCCGCAACCCCACCUUCAUGUGCCUGGCCCUGCACUGCAUUGCCAACGUGGGCAGCCGUGAGAUGGCCGAGGCCUUUGCCUCCGAGAUUCCCCGCAUCCUGGUGGCUGGUGACACCAUGGACAGCGUGAAGCAGAGUGCUGCCCUCUGCCUCCUACGCCUCUACAAGACCUCGCCUGACCUAGUGCCCAUGGGAGAGUGGACGUCGCGCGUGGUACACCUUUUGAAUGAUCAGCACAUGGGUGUGGUCACAGCUGCUGUCAGCCUCAUUGCCUGCCUCUGCAAGAAGAAUCCUGAUGACUUCAAGACGUGUGUCUCCUUGGCUGUGUCCAGGCUUAGCAGGAUUGUAUCAUCAGCCUCCACAGACCUCCAGGACUACACGUAUUAUUUCGUGCCAGCCCCCUGGCUCUCAGUCAAGCUCCUGCGGCUGCUGCAGUGCUAUCCUCCCCCAGAAGAUGCAGCAGUGAAAGGACGCCUGGUUGAGUGCCUGGAGACCAUCCUCAACAAGGCCCAGGAACCGCCCAAGUCCAAGAAGGUUCAGCAUUCCAACGCCAAGAAUGCCAUUCUCUUUGAAGCAAUCAGCCUCAUUAUCCACUACGACAGUGAACCCAACCUUUUGGUGCGGGCAUGUAACCAGCUAGGCCAGUUCCUACAGCAUCGGGAGACCAACCUGCGAUACCUGGCACUGGAGAGCAUGUGCACCCUGGCCAGCUCCGAAUUCUCCCAUGAGGCCGUCAAGACACACAUUGAGACUGUCAUCAAUGCCCUCAAGACGGAGCGGGAUGUGAGCGUGCGCCAGCGGGCUGCUGAUCUCCUCUACGCCAUGUGUGACCGCACAAAUGCCAAGCAGAUAGUCUCAGAGAUGCUUAGCUACCUGGAGACAGCGGAUUACUCCAUCCGUGAAGAGAUUGUGCUGAAGGUGGCUAUCCUGGCGGAGAAAUACGCGGUAGACUACAGCUGGUAUGUGGACACCAUCCUCAACUUGAUCCGUAUUGCUGGGGACUAUGUGAGCGAGGAAGUGUGGUACCGCGUCAUCCAGAUCGUCAUUAACCGGGACGAUGUGCAAGGCUAUGCCGCCAAGACUGUCUUUGAGGCCCUGCAGGCUCCUGCUUGUCAUGAGAACAUGGUGAAAGUUGGUGGCUACAUCUUAGGAGAAUUUGGGAACCUCAUUGCUGGAGAUCCUCGCUCCAGCCCUCUGGUGCAGUUCAACUUGCUACACUCCAAGUUUCACCUGUGCAGUGUGUCCACACGAGCUCUGCUUCUCUCCACCUACAUCAAGUUCAUCAAUCUCUUCCCGGAGACCAAGGGCACCAUCCAGGAAGUGCUGCGCUCAGACAGCCAGAUCCGCAACGCUGACGUGGAGUUGCAGCAGCGUGCCGUUGAAUACCUCAAGCUCAGCUCCAUCGCCAGCACCGAUGUCUUGGCAACAGUGCUGGAGGAGAUGCCGCCAUUCCCUGAACGUGAGUCGUCUAUCCUGGCAAAGCUCAAGAAGAAAAAGGGCCCUGGCGCUGGCAGUGAACUAGAUGAUGGCAAGAAGGACCCCAACUCUGAGAUUAAUGGGGGCAUGGAGCCCUCAGCCAGCACUGCCUGCAGGACUAGAGAAAAAGCAUGCUCCCACAGCAUAGGACCCAAUGGCUAUUCCUUUUCCCGCAAGUCAACGCCAUCCCCAUCUGCCGACCUGCUAGGCCUCCGGGCAGCUCCGUCUGCCACUUCCGGUGUCCCUACCAGUGCUGGCAACCUCCUGGUGGAUGUUUUCUCUGACAGUCCCUCAGCUGCAACUGGCCUUGUGUCUGGCACUGAAGAUAAUUUCCUUAGCAGUGACUUGGAGCCACCUCCUGAGAGUCCUGGGUCCCUAUUGGUGGAGGCUGGCCUGCCUGCAGACUCAGGGGCUGCCGCUUCUGUCUCUGAGGACCCCGCUUUGCCUAUUGCUGAGGCCGAUGAACUGCUUAACAAGUUUGUGUGUAAGAACAACGGAGUGCUCUUUGAGAACCAACUGCUGCAAAUUGGGGUGAAGUCUGAGUUCCGGCAGAACUUGGGCCGGAUGUAUCUCUUCUAUGGGAACAAAACAUCUGUCCAGUUUCAGAGCUUCACCCCGACAGUGAGCUACCCAGGAGACCUGCAGAGCCAGCUCAACAUCCAGACAAAAGCAGUGGAGCCGCUGGUGGAGGGAGGGGCACAAGUUCAACAGGUCCUGAACAUCGAGUGUCUGAGCGACUUCACAGAGGCCCCGCUCAUCAACAUAAAAUUCCGGUACGGCGGGACGCUGCAGAACCUCACGCUCAAAUUACCUAUCACAGUCAACAAAUUUUUCCAGGCGACAGAGAUGCAAUCGCAAGAUUUUUUCCAGCGCUGGAAACAGCUCAGCCUGCCACAGCAGGAAGCCCAGAAAAUCUUCAAGGCAAACCAUCCAAUGGAUUCAGAGGUGACUAAGGCCAAGCUGUUGGGCUUUGGCAGUGCACUCUUGGAGAAGGUGGAUCCAAACCCUGAUAACUACGUAGGAGCUGGGAUUAUCCAGACAAAGGCACUACAGGUUGGAUGCCUUCUGCGGCUGGAGCCCAAUGCCCAGGCACAGAUGUACCGCCUGACCCUCCGUACCAGCAAGGAGUCUGUUUCGAAGCACCUUUGUGAGCUGCUUUCUCAGCAGUUCUGAGGCGUUGGCUACACUGGAGGAGGGAGGGGAAAGGCCGUUCCUGCACACUGGCUGCCUCUAUCUGUUCCCUCCCACCUCCUCUCCAACCAGGGGCCUCCCGAGAGACUGUACUGCUCCCUGCCUGUUGUCGUGAUAACCUCUGUGUUCUCAUUGCCUAGCCCGGGCCAGCACCAAGGGGGAAUAACCAAGGGGGGAGCCAAAAAUUGGGUCCCUGGGAUGGAUGAAGUAGAAUUUGGGAGGUGUGGGACAUUCCUCCAGGAAUAAUCUUCUCCUUGCCCGGAGGGUGCCCCUUGGAAGAAAGCCAGGAUCUCUCCCACCCCAUAUGCCUGGUCCAUUCUAACUCAGGAUGAGGCUGAGAUUUGUGGUCUUAAUCCCUAGCCCCCACCCCAGUAUGAUUUAGGCUGGCAUUUUGGUUUUGUUUACAACCCUUACCCCUGAUUUCUCAUCCAUGGCCUUCCUCCUUUCUGUCGGGGAGUGGAGUAAACGUGUCGGCUACACUGCUUCUCCCAGAGCUGGCGGGGGGGGGGGGAAUGGGGGGGGUGGGCAAAUGCUUGUAGGGAGGUGAUUUUGUGUUUCUUUGCCUUGUGUAUUUCCUCUGGGGUGGGGGUGUGAAUUCUCCCUUUCCUCUGUCAAUGGACCAUUCCAGUGUUACAGUGUGUGUUUGUGGGGAAGUAAUCAUACUGGAGAGUAGGCCUACCUUCCCCUUCUCUCACCCCUAGAAGGAAAGCAAGCUGCACAAUGGUGGAGAGGGCAGUGGGAGAAGAGUUGCUUAUCAGCAAAUCUCCUUACUCCCCUCCCCUGCCCCUCCAGUCCGGGGAGUGGGUGUUUCAUUGGAUCCUCAAGCAGCAGUGAGGUUUGGGGAGACUGAUUCUGAAGUGCUGCCCCUCCAUGCAUUUCAGAAAAGGGAGGAGGGAGGGCUCAGCUCAUGCUAGUUUGGGGGUGUCCCAGCUUCCCAUGCUGGCCCGGGCUCCAUGUUACUCUGCUGUGUAGGUGUUAUCUAGCGCAUCUUAGUUUAUCUGGGUUUUGAAUGCCUGUAUCUAUCUCCAUGUGACUCUAAUAAAGCCGUGGGGGCGGGGGAGAGCCAGAAUCAAGCCAGGCUGGGUCACCCCCACACCGCUGACUGA